CGUACCCUGAGGAAUGAGCAUAUAAAUGAUGACACGAUCGCAAGUUUGAAGACCAACUUCACUUCUCGUAUUAUCCUUCUCUCCCCAACAACAAAUCUCAAUCGUCAUGUCUGUCCACGGCAUCAUUCGAAACGUGAAGUGGCCUGAGCUCGUGUUGACGCCGAAGGAUGGCGGGCUCGUUGGCGAGAAAUAUGGUGGUACCGUGACUCAGAGGUGGGGCGGGAAGUAUAAAUGGGACCAAAAGACGCAAGGGUAUCUGGGGACGGUCAAGAACGAUGGCAGUGGCGAUUACUUGGCAUGGAACUCGGACACGAAGGCCGUCAUGAGCCUCAAUGAGCACUGGUGGAAAAUUGUCUUCCAAGGUGGUCACGUCGGAUUCCAAGUCCCCCAUACUGCACAGAGCCCUACAGCCUUCCGUACUUUGCAACUCGAAGCUGAUAAAUCGGUCAUCCUCAAGAACCAGGAAGGGGAUCUCAUCGAUGCGCAGCUGUGGGGUAUCUUGGAAGGAUGAGCCUGUACUUGAGGAUUUCGUUUAGCCAUCUCGCGCAUAUGUGCCUGUUGACGAACAUGAUAUUCAACUGUCACGCAGAUUGGGCUGCAGCCCAGCUGUUUUUCAUGUCUUUUGUACAAGUAUGCAUUGUUAUCUGCCGCGGCACACUGUGAUCAUGACUGUUACUGUGGGAAGACUGAGAGAGACCUAAGUUCU